AUGGAUCCGCAUACUAUCCUCAUCGGUAUUGCAGCGUUUUGUUUGUCAGCACUGCUGAUCUAUCUUAUAUCUGUGUUUGGUAUAAAGGAAAAAACUUUUGAAGAAGCACUGGCUGAACAAAAGCAAAGACUUGAAGAUGAGAAACAGAAAGAGAAAAGCCUGAAGAGGGCAGAGAAGGAGAAAAAAAAGUUUAGGAAAAUGAAAGAGAAACCGAAAGAAAAAGGACUUCAGGUUUCUGAGCCUGAACUACCAAAAGAACCCAAGAUGGUGAAUUUAGAUAUUGAUCCAGAAAUCAUUGAACCGCUAACAGAUUCAACCACUAUGGAAGGGAAGCGUUCUCAAAACACAAAGAAGAAACCAAAAUCUAUUCUUCAUAAUAAAAAUGAAGAACCUCAUGUGACAAAGGAAACUCAACAAGUGGUUCAUCACAUUCCUGUCCCAAAAGAUGAGCUGGAAAUUCUGCAUGAUCAUGAAAAGGAACAAAAGGAUGGAAAGAAGGAGAAGUCUGUACCAAAGGCAUCUAAGAAGGGGAAGGAAGAGGUUAAAGCAGUCUCAAAGAAGCCUGUAUUAAUAGAUGAAGAGAUUGUUGUCCCUAAGUUUGAAAAAGUAUCACAUGCUGCUUCCUACUCGAGCCCGGAAUCCAAAACUAGAAUUGAUCCUGGUCAGCUUGUUGCCAGUAUUCACACAGCUCCUCUCACAGACUCCGAGAUACAAAACAUGAUUGAAGUCCUCUUGAACAAACAGGGAGGAGCUAGCUCAUCUUGGAAUAAGAAAACACAGAAAGGUGAUGAUGUUAAACUGCUGCGCAAACAACUGGAGGAGAAGGAACGUGCCCUGCAGGAAGAGCAAAAGUUAGCAAUGCAUGCUAAUGCAUGUCUGUCCAAGGAGAAGGCUGGUUACAACAGCCUGGAAAAACAGUAUCAGGAAAAAAUUGCUGUACAGAACUCCGAGAUCCAGGCUCUCCGUUCCAAGAUGCAACACUCUAUUGAACAACACAUGCUAGAGCGAAGUACCAUGCAGACUCGCCUUCAGCAGCUGGAGCGCCAAGCUGGGGAUCAAAGCCUUGCACAGAAACUCAGUGAGGAAAACAAGAUUUUGAAAGAAAAUCUGAAAAGGGCAGAGUCUGAGACUGUACCCCAGAAGAACUAUGCCAGUCUGACUCGUGAGCUCCAGAUUAUACAGGAGGAACUCUCAAAGAAUGUUUCAAGGAAUACUGCUGCAGAGAAUGCCAAAAAAGCAUUAGAAGAGAAACUUGCAAAGAAGGACGCAGAGCUAGCUAAACUUAAAGGAUCAGAAAAGGAGUCUGAAGGUGUUGUUACCAAGAGAUUGGAUGAGGUUAACAAGCAACUGAGGAAGACAGAAGCAGAGAAUGCCACACUGACCAACAGUUUGAAAGCUGCUGAGAAAGAGUGCUCUACAGUCAAGGCACGACUCCAAGAGUUGGAAAUGGCACUGUCCGGUAAUGACAACACAUCAAAGGUGCUGGAGGAGAAGCUACAGGGUGCUGAAAAAGCCAAAUCUAAUGUUGAGGCAAGUCUGAAAGCAACAGAGAAGAAGUUAGUGGAUGCCGAACAACAGAGGGCUAAACUUGAGAAAGACUUUGAGGAUUUUAAGAAUGAGAGAUCUGUGGCAGAGGCCAACCUGAAAUCCACAGAACAGAAACUGACAGACCUGGAACAACUCAAGACUAAAUUACAGACAGAUUAUGAGGCAGCAGAGAAGGCGAAAAAUGAUAUGAAGUCAAGCUUGGAAAGUCUUGAGCAGAAGUUAUCGGAGUCCGAACAGAACAAGGACAAACUACAAAAUGAGAUGGAGGUUUUGAAACAAGAGAACUCCAGCCUUUCACAAGAAGUGCUAGUGGUAAAGGAGACUGCUGUGAAGACAGCUGGGGCCCCUAAUGGAGAUAUCCAUGAUGAACCUGCAGAAAAUAAAAUAGCUGUUUCACAGCAUGAAAAAAUAGUUUCAGAAAAAGAAACAGAAAUCAAGAGACUUGCAGCUGACAUGGAAGCCAAGGACUCCGAAUUGUCCAAGUUACAGAGUGAGGUUGAUAAGCAGAAGAAGAAAAACAAUGAUGAAAGUGCAGCAUUAGUAACAGACACAGAAAAAUAUGAUAAAACAGUAUUACAGAAAAUUUUCCCAGAUAUUUCUGUCAACACAAAUUUGGUCCAUAAAGAAUGGAUGUCCAGCUUUGAGAAAGAAGCUAUAGUACAAUUACAAAGUCUGUCUAGUGCGAAUGAAUCUGUUACAAAGUCCGAAGGAAAAGUAACAGAACUUCAGGGUCAAGUUAGCAGUCUAGAAACCCAAGUACAGGAGUAUAAAUCCAGUCUGUCUUCUUCAAGUGCCACUUUUGAAGCCAAAGUCAAAGAUUUACAAGAGAAAAACAAUAGUUUGCAAUCUGAGGUCCAAAGACUACAGACAGAAACAUCCAAUAUGUCAAGUUCAGAAGUCAAAGUUGCUGAAUUAGAAGAAAGUAAUAAAAUCUUAGAACAACAAGUCCAAGAAAAUAAACAACUGCUAGACACAUCAAGUGCCAGCUAUGAAACCAAAGUCAAAGAAUUAGAAGAGAAAAACAAUAGUUUAAAAUCUGAGGUUGAGAAACUUCAAGUAGAAUCUUCAAAUGUGUCCAGUUCAGACUCCAGGGUGACAGAAUUAGAAGAAAGCAAUAAGAAAUUAGAGACCCAAGUCCAGGAGUAUUUAAAUGUUCUAGCUACUACAGAGUCCAAGUUACAGCAGCUAGAGAAUAGCGUGGAAGGAGAGGAGAAAAAGUGGCAUGAUAAGCUACAGACUGUUCAAAUAGAUUUGGAACAAGCCAAACAGGAGGUCACAUCCUUACAGAAUGAGUUACAAAAGUCUCAAGCCAACACAGAGAUGAAAGAGAAGGUAUUAAGUCUAGAAGGCCAGUUGAAAAUAUCUGAAGACAAGUGUUCACAGUUGCAGAGUCAAGUUGAAGAGAGCGAAGAGAAAAUAAGAACGAUUCAGGAGUCUGAGAAAUCCACAAGUAACCAAGACGAUUUACUGAAGCAAAUAGAAGAACUGAAGAAGUUGUUAAUGGAAGAAAGUAAGAAAAGCAAAAAUUUAGCAACAACCAAUGUGAGACUGAAUGGCAUUAUAAAGACUGGUCAGGACUCCCUGGCCCAGGAGCAAGCAUUGGUGGAUAAACUCAAGUCAGAGAUGGAGAAAAGCAAGGGGUCAAACGGUGCAGCACCCAACAGUGAGAUAGAACAGCUGAAAGCUAAACUUGAGGAGAAGGAAAAACAGCUGGAAAAGGAACUGCUAGCAAAGAAACAGCUCUCACAGAGACUGGUACAGACAGAAACACAGUAGACAGAUGUACAGGCAUCCUCUCAAGGGAAUGACUUGGGAACGUCAGUGUAACAGUCGUGUGGUGCGGACCAAAUUCUGAUCAGAGGCAUAAGGAAUUAAGAAAGAGAAGGAAACAAGAAGAGAUAUUGAAACUGUCUGUGUGCAACACAGCAGCUGGACAAUCUAAUCCAAAGUCUCAUUUACCAGUCCAGAGUACUGGUCGCUCAGUAACAGUGUUUAACAUCACAGAUGUGCUCCGGAUGCUGAACUGCUUUUUUUCUGACUAUGCCUUUUUUUAUUAUGUUCUCAAAUUGUAUGUUUAAGUUCACAAGCAUUUGAUUUUUUUUUUUUUUUUCAUUUGUUUGAAGGACAAUCCUGUAUCAUAAUUUCAACCCAUGAACUUCACAAAAGAUACUUCAGUAACAUAGACGAUAUCUCAUCAAGUCAUGACUUUUACAUUUAUUAUUGAUCAUGAUAACACACAUACCAGAAAUAAUGUUAAAGUAAAGAAAUCAUCGAGAGACUAGAGUAGUGCUGAAAACUUUUUAUAUAACAUUAUGAUCAUACAAACCAUAGUUACGAUUCCUUAUUAGGAAAUCUGUCUUUUAUGUUAAAAGGACACAUUGAAUCCAGGGGACAAAGUCAGUAAUACACGAGUAUAGGGUUAAAUAAGAUUCAGACAAGACACAUUUAUUUGUCUCCCAACACUUAAGAACUGUAGGUACUGUUUGCUUUUGCUCCCUGACAAGAAAAAAAAUCAUGCGUCCAUUGCAUAUAUUGUGCACUUCGCUUUUAAAUAGAAAGAUGUACACUCUCUGUGCUAAGUUUUUCUUGUGCUGAUAUAAACAGCAAAACACCAUGACAUGGUGCUGUUAUUAAUCGACAAAUGUUAUAUUUACUUUUACGCUUGACUGGUGCCUCAUCAUUGUUAUUUUAUACAGGCCUUUGGUCCUCUUGUUUUGUAGGUUCCGCUUUUGACUUCAAAUAUGUUUAGGAAACAAAUUCUGAACUCCGCUGAAAUACACCUAUCACUGACUUAGAUGAAAAAAAGUCUGUUUCUAUUAGGUGCAAACUAAAAUGUAUAUCUUCUGUGGACAUGUUUAAUUGUUAAGAACUCCAUACAUAAAUGAUUGUUUCAACAUUUCUCAAUCUCACAGAGUUCCUAGGAUCUCCUUGAUAUGUACAGAGCAGGCGUACUUUUAACUUAAACCCGUCUCACCCAGAACCUUUGCACAUUUCUUGUAUGCUGAUGAUUGUGUGGUUAGGUAGGAUGGAGAGAUGGGAGAAGACAACCACUUCCUUUUUAGUUUCUCUGCCACGACAUGGCUCACUAUGUGUUAUGUGAUGUGUUUUGUAAACAUUAAUAUGUGCCAAUUUAAUAUGCAUAUUUGGGUUGUGAACUCAUGAAUUUUUAUGAUUUGUUUCAAAGAAAUGAAUGAAAACAUCAAUUAUAUAUGAUGAACUUCUAGGUUUGUGAAAUUUUGUACGAAUUAAAUUAAGUUACAGCUUGUCACAAAGAAAAAUUUUUUUUAAUUAACUUAAAUGUCAUACAUACAUACUACGAAAAUUUGUUCCAGUACUGGUUAUUGAACAGGUGAGAAAGUAGCAUUGUUUGUAAUUCAAAGUGUUUUGGAUGAAAAUAUUAAUUGUUGUUGGACAGGGUAUUUCACCUUUAGAAAAUAAAAUAUUUGAUGUAAAUAAAAGUAAAUUAUUUCACAACUUUAAUGUAAUUUACUUGUGAAGUAUUUAUAAAAGCAUUAAAAUCUAAUGAAUUUAGAAGUCAUUCUGGUUAAUGGAUUGCCGAUUUGUCUUACAAAUCUUUGAUAGCAGUGAUGUCCAUACAUGAAAUUUGAUUCAACUUCUUUUUAAUGCUUUGAUAGAAAAUAAGUUCUAGAAUUAAUAUAUAUGGAAGAAUUAUAUUUCAGCAUAGCUGAAAGUAGAACAGUUUAUGAAAUGUUUUCUGAAAGAGUGAUGGAUAAAGUUAUUAGCCCUACAUAUUCCCUGAUGGUAUUGUCUGGUGCACCCAGGUCAAAUGAGUUAGGUGGAAGUGAUUGAUGUCAGUAUUAUUCUUGAUAGUUUUAGAAAAUACAAGCCAUUUUAGACCAGUAUUACUGAUUUCAAUGUGAAAACUAUUAAACAACUUAGUGUCAAUGCCUUGUUUACUGAAUCACCUGUGUACAGAGAAAAAUUUCUUGUCUUAAACUUACGUAGCCAUAAAUGCUAUUUUCGUAGUUUGUUGGUACAUGUUUUUUCAGUAUUGUGGAUUUUAAUUGACCAAUCCAGAUUCAGUGUAAAUAAGUUUCCUUUCGAAGAAUACCUAUGUUUCUUGCUGACUGACAUCUGAUGGCAAAUGAUGCGAUAUGUGAUUACUAACAGAAGGUGCUAUGUAAUAUUAAUACCUGGGUAGGUAGAUAUUACUUGGUAACAGGUGAUUUUUGUCAUUGUUUAAUUAUUUUAACUCUGUAGAAAUGUUUUGCCACAGAUGAAAUUCAUAAUUUUAUGUUCUUGUAUGUGGGACAAAAUGUGUGUGCCAGUUUUAUUAUAUUUGAAGCAAUUUUUUUUUUUCUGUUGAAAAUAUAUUUUGUGAUCAUUGGUUAUCUUUUACUGUAAAUGAAGUCACAAAUUUUCAGACAACACAAAAUACUUUUUUCGCAGUUAUUUGAUUAAAAUAUCCUCAAAUAUUUGUUGAACUAUUUUCAUAUUUGUUUAAGUUUUCCUACUGCAUUACAAAACAAAGUGACAGUUUGUGUGCCGUAUAAUCACCCAAAUUGGCUUGCCUAAUGAUCUGGAUCAGGAUUGAACAUUUGAUGUUUAUAUGGUUGUAAAUUAAGUGACAAAAUGUGACUGGUGGACCAAACAAUCAGGAUAGCAUGAUAAAUUCUAUGACAGGAAAGUGACAGCUAUAUGCUGGCCUUCACUAUUACCUGGGUGUGUUCAGUUUUUGUUUGCUGUAAAUGUUUAGCCCAUCAAUAUGCAUUAUGUAGCAGCUAUAUUCCUGUUCUGAGUAGGGACUUCCUUGUGCAUACAGUAGUUUUUUCUGUUUUGUUUUGUUAUGACCGGAGAUAUUUAUUCAUAUUUAGCUGAAUGAUUUGGUACACAGAUGUCGGGAUAUGGAAUUAUAUAGAAAAGAGUGAGAAGUAUUAAGGAGAUAUUAGGUGUGUUCCUUAUGAGAUGACGUACAGAUAUCUUUCCACUAGGAGCUCAACACUAUUCAAUUAUUUAGGAUUUGGUAAGAUUGUACCUAUAUACCAUUGUAUUCAACAUGGUAUGUCUUUUUGUUUUGUUUGAAAUUUUUAAGCAUGAACAGUUGCGUCCAUUUGUCAGGACCAAACCUUGUGGGCUGGUGGCAAGCUGCUGAAUUGAUGACAUUUACAACCCACUGGCUUAUUGUUAAGUUGUGCAGCUAUUUACUGGUUGCUUCGUUGAUGUUGGUUAUGUGAGAGUAACGGUUUCGUCUUAUAAAGACGAGUACCUAUUCAGAUAAGCUCAAUUACAUAACCAGCUCAGCUGUUAUGUAUAGUAGCUAGAAUUUGUUGAUGGCAGAAUGACAUACAUGAUCAGUACUCUGUGUUUGCCUUCAGAUCACCAUAAAUGGUCAGUUUCUGUUACUUUUAUUUAUGUAUAGAUGGAUUACUACUUAGUUGUUAGUCAUUAUAAUAGUUUACUGGAAAUUAAUCUUGAAACUAGUCAUUAUGUCCAUGUUUUUUGUCGUUUCAUGUGAUAUAACAUUUCAUGAGAAAUAUAAUUCGAGAAGGUUGUUAAGAAUUCAGGCAUUGUUACAUUUUGAUUUCAUUCAUCAGGUAGUCUUACUGUUAUCAAAAGCAAAACAUUUUCAAAACAAAAAUUUAUUCAGUAGAGUUUUUUUUUUUUUUUUUGCUGUAGUAUGUUGUGAUCUUCAGCAUAGUUGAGUGCACCAUUGCUCUUAUAACUGUAGUCUUUUAUGCUUAACUUUAUUUCAAUGGAAAAAUUGAUGCGUGUAUACCUGUAAACUGUGACGGCUUCUUUGAUUGUAUCUUGUUUACAUUCUAACUCUUUGAUUUGUACAAUUACUUAAUUCAGUUUUGACUUUGUUCAUUUUGCUGUCCUUUUAGAUCAUUUUUUACACUUGACCUGGGCCAUUCUGGUCUGAAAACAUUAAGUAAUAUUACCAGACAUGCAGCUGUGGUGUCUUGAGGAUGUGUAACUGCCGAGGAUCAUCUCUCUUAUUAUUGUUAAUGCUGAGUGGGACUUGUGAAAGUUCUCUACAUCUUGAAAUAAUUAAUGUGUUUGUGUUUCAGGCUUCCAAUUAUGCAUAACAGUUCAGGUAUUGUUCAAAUAUUUUCACAAUUUAUAUAUGCCAUUUCACCUCAAAUCCAGAAAUUUCUUUAUAUAUAUAAACGUGGAAUGGUAAAAACUUCUGGCUUUCUUUGUCACUGCAGAAUUGAAAUGUUGGUUUCGGGAAAAUGGUAUAUUUAAAAUUUCAAUAAAAUCAGCUUUUGUCCAGACUUUGUAAGCAAAUGCUAUGUGUAUUAUUAUUACAUUGUAUGUAAGGAAUUAAAUUGUUAAAUGAAUAUAAAAAAUGAAAUAUACCCGAUCCAUCAAUAAAUA